AUGGGUCGGCCGAAAACCCGCCGCGCGCUCAGCGCGAGCCGCUUCCAUGAAGGUUCCAUGAACGACCGCACCUCGGCCGCACCGCCAGCUCAGUUCAUGGGCCCCGACGAGAUUGCUGCAUUGGAGCGUCCAGUCUCCUCGAGCGUUCGGUCGCAGCCUCGGCCGGUUAGUGACGACUGGGCGGACAAGCAGGUGAAGCAAAAAAGGCUUCUGGGCCAGGUUUGGGACGGCGUGCGAGGCCGGCUGCGUUUCAAGAAGGAUGGGGAGGAUGAGAGAGGCUCUAGAAGACGAGAGAGGAGCCGUAAGCGGGAUCAGUCGGAACAAAGGGGGAGACAGAGAGAGAGGGAUGAAAGGUCCAGAGAUGAGAAGCCUGCCGAGGAGCCUCAGAGGGAUGAGAUGCCGAGCCGGGAAGAAAUCCUGGCCAACUAUCAUCACUUGAUGGCCUCGGGCUUCUUUUCGUCUCAUGCUAUUCAGUCUACUCGACAGCCUCCCCCUGGCUCUUCUCAAUCUUCCGCCCAAUCUUCCUCUCACUCCUCUGUUCAGCCACCUGCUCCGGCUUCCUCGGCAAGCAUCCUCGAGGCAUUGUCUCGAGCACCUACACCUCAGAACCUGGCCCCUCGCCCACCAGUAUCCCGAGUACCAACUCCUCGAGCUCACACUCCACGGCCUCCUACGCCAACCACCAACCCUACCUCGCCCUCAAAGUCUCGACACUUUCACAGAAACCACUCACCUCAACAUGAUCCCCAGGCUGCCACCUAUGAGGAGCUUGUCGCCUGUGGCUUCUUCUCCCCCCCAGCUCCUGCAGCUGUUCCACCACCGACUCCCAAGGGCGCUGCGCCAGCUCCUACUGUGCCCACUGGCCGAAACUCGCGGGACUAUCUUCAGCUGCCUCAACCGACCCGGAAAUCCUCUCGCUCUCGGUCAGUGACACCAUCAGCCUCUCGCUCUCAUUCCCCUAUUCAGUCGCCAGCCAGUGCUUCUUCUAGGGGAACCAAGAGAGCAGCAGUUGACUCGACUUCUGACGACGAGGAUGACGAUGCGGCUCGAGAUCCGCCCACCCCGAACAAGAAACUACGCAAAUCGGCGUCUCGAGACAUUGCGAUUCCCAAGCUACGGAAUGUGGCAUCUCGGCGAGCCAUACUAUCUCGACGUAGUGUUUCGGGGCCUCAUGGAUCCACCAAGGAGCGCAACACCCUUGCCCGCCGUGUCCUCGGACACCUACCUGGCGGCAAUGGUCGGAGUUCCUUCGAUUCACCUGACCGUCGGACUGAAGCUGCUUCUAGACGCAGUGCAGAUGAUUCUAGACAGCCACUACAAGAAGUUCAGCAUUCGCGAGUUCUACGAUCACGUCGGAGUGCUGCCGAAGCGCUCCGUGUUGCGCCCAACGCCAACCGGGGCAUCCCCAAGGUGCCAAACAUUCCCGAAAAGUUUACCAUCUACGACGAGGAUGCCGAGAAUAUUGCCCCAGCAGUGCAUGUUAGCUACUAG